AUGACGCUUGGCUCAUCAUCAUCGUCAUCAUCAUCAUCAUCUUCUUCUUCUACAUUUUCACCAUCAUCCACUUCAACAACUAUAUCAUCCUCCUUAACUUCACAAAUCACAUCUUCACAUAAAAACAAAUACAGCUCGGUUCCUUAUCCACUAACGCAAACUAGCAAUGAGGAACAGGAUCGCAUGGUAGCACAGCACUAUUUACUCCGCACGGCGUUCAACGGCAGGGAUUAUAUGGCCAGCAGCAUGACGCCUUUAUUGGAACAAGGAUGCGUGGUUUUGGACAUGGGGUGUGGCACAGGCACAUGGGCGAUGGAAUUAGCAACAAAGUACCCAGCUUCUCGUUUCAUUGGAUUGGAUCAAGUCGCACUCUUUCCCAAGGACAUCAAACCCAAAAACUGUCAUUUUGCUACUUGUGAUGUGACAUCCUUACCUAUCCCUGAUGCAAGUGUCGAUUAUAUCUUUCAACGUGAUUUGAAUUGGGGUUUGAUGAGUCAUCAAUGGUUACCUUUGAUUAAGGAAUAUAUGCGUAUUCUGAAACCUGGUGGUUGGAUUGAACUUUUGGAAAUGGAUAUUGAAACGCAAAGUAGUCAACGUCAAGAACGUGCUUUCAACGAUAAAUUGAUCUAUGGAUUAUUGAUGCGACAACAAGAUCCAUUUGUAGCCAGAAGAUUACCAUCCAUUCUUGCCAUCAGUGGAUUUCGUCGAGUGUCCAGUCAAUUUCAAUCAUUACCUCUUGGAUGGGGCAAGGCACAUGCAUCUAACAUCUCAUCAACUUCUUGUUCCGAAUAUGCGAGGGCAGCAGCAAGUCAGUAUCGGUUUAUGUUACAAUCUCUUUGUCCUUGGUUAUCUACUGUGAUGGGUUAUUCUGUUGACAAAUAUCAAAUGGUCAUCGAUCAAUUGGUGGUUGAAUGGGCUCAAGCUCAUACUUAUGUCAAAUGGCAUUCGGCCGUUGCUCAAAAGCCAUAUCAUUAA